AUGACGCAUACUCAACACUACUCAGCGCACAACCACCGAUCCAUAUGCUCCACUUUUAUUCGUGUGCAUAAUUUCUCGGCAUACGGCGGCAUGAGACAUGGAAGGAAAUUUAUGGAGGCAUGGUACUCCACGGUGGAUUCAAUCAAUAAAUGCAUCGAACUAGAUCCGAUUAGCGCACGACUACGUGUGAAGGAUCAACAUCUCAACCGAAAUAUUCAGGCAGAGUCGAAUAUCAGUUGCACAAGGAACAAUUUGGAAUCGGAUCAGCAAAGGUCACAAGCCAGAACCCAGAGCAAUCAAGGAAAGAGGUCACUCGAGCAUCAGCUAGAUUUAAGGCCAUCUGACGGCUUGCAUCAGGCCGCAGCAUGCUGGCAUUCCGAUCUGAUUUCUUCGAAUCUGCAUCAGCACCAAGUGCUUGUGCGCAUCACCACCUUGGGGUCCAUAAUGCGUCAACAUGUACGAUGUGCAGAAGUUUGGCGUAAAGUACAGGCGGCCAGCAACACAACUUUCACGUCAUUUAUGCUGUUAAAACUGACUUCCACAAGACACGUUACCGAAGCUGCCGCUGGUGGUGAUGACAACUUUACGGUAUUUAGCAGUAGGGCCAUAGGGUGGAAUAUGUGCCGCCUUUUCGCAUUGUCUGUGAUCAAAACUACGUGGAUGUUAUAUGAUGCAUACAUAAUUCCUGGGAGCUCUUCAAACAGCAAAGUUGCACAACAAGACGUUGCCGUCAAACACUACACACCCUGUCAGCAUUUACGGAUUCACGGAUUCACGGAUUGA